AUGCGGCGUUUGAUGAUAUAUCGUGGACUGCAUCAACCUGCGCGAAUCAGACGACGUCUUCUGUACUGUAUCACAGCCCUGACUCCCUGCCCCCCACCCUUCAGAAGGAUAAACUCCUUGUCUGACCCAAUUUGCCCAUCUGCCUUGACGAGUUGUAACCCGGUGCCAGGGCUGGUACUGCUUUCUGUCAACGUUGAACGUCUGACUAAGUUCCCAGUCAACGAUGCAGAUGUUGGAAGAAAAAUGUUGCCAGUUGACACGAGCCCGGCCUCGUCAGCUCCGAUCAUUCGAAGGACGCCUCAACACGAAGACAACAGCAUCGACAGCAAAAGCAUCAUCAUUAUCAACAGCAGCAGCAACAGCAACGUCAGCAACCUCAAAAAGAUACAGCAGCAGCAAUAA